GGGAACUCGUGAAAUUCUUGUGAAAGAUGACGAGUGUCAAGAGUGAAUACAAUCAGUUUGGUUUGAUCUGAGUUCUUAUCUUGGGUAAUAAAAUGGGUAAUCAAUUGGUGGGCAUCGCGCCCAGCCAAAUAUUUCCGGUAGAACACUAUUUGACGGAUCACAGCGAUUUAUUGUUCGAUGUAAAUUUAGGAAGUACUAGAUUUUUUAAAGUAGCUAGGGCUCGAAGCCAAGAAGGCUUGAUAGUUGUAAAAGUAUUUGCAAUUCAUGAUCCAACAUUGCCAUUAUCAGCCUACAAAGACAAAUUAGAAGAGAUUAGAUCAAAGCUAGCUUCGGCUGUAAACUGUCUACCUUUUCAGCGAAUGAUUCUCACAGAAAAAGCAGGUUCAAUAAUGCGAGAAUAUGUCAAAUAUUCCCUUUAUGACAGAAUCAGCACCAGACCCUUUUUAACAAGCAUUGAAAAAAAGUGGAUCACUUUUCAAGUUUUGUAUGCUCUUCAUCAAGCUCAUAAGUUUGGAGUUUGUCAUGGUGAUAUAAAACUAGAGAAUAUUAUGAUAACUAGCUGGAACUGGGUAUUACUCACAGAUUUUGCCAGUUUUAAACCAACAUAUUUGCCAGAAGAUAAUCCUGCAGAUUUUUCAUACUUUUUUGAUACUUCGAGAAGAAGAACAUGUUACAUAGCACCCGAACGAUUUGUGAAAACACUAUCCUCAGAAUUGAGCAAUACAUUGUUGUUACCUGAACAGGAAGUGAAAACAGGUGAUCUACAUUCUAUGAUGGACAUUUUUUCUGCGGGAUGUGCUUUAACGGAAUUGUAUAACGAGGGGCAUCCACCGUUUGAUUUUUCACAGCUCUUGGCGUACAGGAAUAAUGAAUAUUCUGUGAGCAAACACUUGGACAAUAUUGACGAUCCGGGAAUACGAGAACUGCUCGCCUCGAUGUUAGAGAGAAAUCCGACUAACAGAAAAAGUGCAGAGAUUUAUCUAGCUCAAGCUCGCGGCAUCAUCUUUCCAGAAUAUUUUUACUCUUUCUUGCAGUCGUAUAUGCUUAUUUUCUCCGCUGCUCCGAUUUUAUCGCCGGACGAGAAGAUAGGUAGAUUAAAAAAGGAUAUUGGCAAUAUCAUAAAUAUAUUAGCGGAUGAAAAUGAACGAUUGAAAACGAGCGAGCCGAAAUCCAUGGAAGUUGCAAAAUCAGUUCAAAACGAAAGUAAUGUUGAAUCGAUGAAAGAUGAUUCUGGUCACAGCGAGGAGAACACCAUGGUUGAGGUCGACAGCGAUCAAAGCUCCGACAAAACCGAUUUGAAUCAAAUCGAUGCGAGAAGCACGUCGCAAGAUGUUGGCAGUGAUAUUCAAGUGGAAACGGAACAGGAAAUUAAAUCCGAAGAUCACAAACAAAUGUGCAACGUAGAAUCCAAGAAACCAGUUUCUACUUCGACGGAAACUCUAGAAGGACUUGUUAUUAUAACUCAACUCGUCACAUCUUGCAUAAGAGGACUGCACCAUUUGCAAUCCAAGCUACAUAGUUUAGAAAUAUUGCUGGAGCUGGCUAAGAAUGUAUCUGACGAGACUAUUCUGGAUAGAAUAUUACCUUAUAUUUUCCAUCUAGUUCACGAUCCGGCACCGCGGGUAAGAGUAUCGGCAAUACACACUCUGACAAAUUGUUUGCAUCUUGUGAAAUCGAUACCACCUUCGGAUGUGAAUAUAUUCCCUGAGUAUAUCCUACCGGGUUUAGCGCAUAUACCGACUCAAGACGAGGCUGUUAUUGUCAGAGCAGCAUACGCGCAGAACAUCGCGCAUUUGGCGCAUAUCGCUUUACGUUAUUUAGAGAAUGCUCAUCUUUCUAACUCGGGUAACAAAGAGGGACCAAAACCCAGUUACGACAGCGAGCUGCAAACCUUGCACGAAAUGGUUCAGCAAUCAGUCUCUACAUUGUUGACGGAUCCUCACAACUUGGUGAAACAGACAUUAAUGGAAAAUGGAAUAAAUAAAUUGUGCGUGUUCUUCGGCAAGCAGAAAGCCAACGAUAUUCUGCUCAGUCACGUUAUUACAUUUUUAAACGACAAAGAAGACAAGGAAUUAAGAAGUUCCUUCUUUAAAUGUAUAGUUGGUGUGGCUGCGUAUGUUGGUUGGCACAGCAGUCCUAUAUUAAUGCCGCUUCUGCAACAAGGUCUUUCUGAUCCUGAAGAAUUUGUAACCAGAGAAGCCAUAAACGCUAUGGCGACUUUAACGGAAUUGGGUCUACUUCAUAAAUCUGCUCUCUAUCAACUGUUAUCGGAAACUAUGGUCUUCCUGGUCCAUCCGAAUCUGUGGAUACGUCAUGCAACUGUCGGGUUCGUGUCCGCGGCGGCAAGAAUUUUAAGCGAAGUAGAUAUCCAGUGUAAAGUACAGACGAUUCUUCAACCGUACCUGAAACACCCGCUGAUUCAGAUAAACAAAGAGUUCUUAUUGCUAGAGGCUCUUGUUCCUCCUAUAUCCAGGAUAGUAUAUGACUCCAUAUUGAAGUACAACGAUGUGGAAGAAUUGUUUCAAAUACUCGAACAAAGACAGGCAGCUAGAGCAAAAGCUGUGACAGGCGUAGUAUCGUCGCAAUAUAAUGAUAUGAGUAUUUCUUUAAGAAACUUAUUUAGACGAUUAAGUUCGGAAUCAAUGACCGAAACGGUUGAGAAUCAAUUGUUGAUCAUGAAACCACAUUUGAUGAAGAUCAACAAGUAUCGCAAUUCCGCGGACUCGAAGCAAAACGCUGUCAAAUCCGCGGACGGCAAAUUGGAACUAAGUCCGAUAAAAGACAGAAUAAGACAUCAUGUCGUCGUAUUGUAUCCCGAUACUAAGGGAGACUUAGCCCUGCUACCUUUCAAAAGAUUAGAUCGAAGAACAUCGGAAACCGUGGGCACGUACGCGACAAUGAAUCAAGAAUGGCGCGCGAUGUUUGCGGCUCAAGACAACGUUCAGCAUGCUAUCGUUAAAAUGUCGGAUAUGACCGGAAGCAGUAACAGCCCUAGUCAAAGUAUACACAGCGGGGACAUUCAUUUAUCUCCUCAUCAUUGCCUGUCAGAUGUGACUAGUAUAAAUUCUUUUAUGAAUGACCACUCGCUUCACGAACGGUCUUAUAUACAAUAUAGAUGCGCGCCAUGCCGAUUAGAGGUGCGGCAUUUAACGUGUCGAAAGCAAGAGCAACACGCGGCGAUAUUAAGGGCAAAGCGUUGGGCCAACAAUAUCGUCUGCGAAACCGGCUCCGCGUCACUACCGAAGGAUUGGAGACCUCGGGGAAUUCCGGUCGCGCAUCUUCACGAACAUAGAGCCGCGGUGAACAGAUUGGUUUCCAUACCAGAUACCAGCCUAUUUGCGAGCAGUUCGUCCGACGGGUGCAUUAAAAUUUGGGACGCCAGCAAGAUGGAAGGACGAAAUAUCGCCAAUCGAUCUAGACAAACAUAUUUGCACAGAGGAGGUCCGUUGGUUGGUUUAACCGUGUGCGAUCAAGGACAAUCCUUAGCCAGUUCAGCGAGCGAAUCCGGAACGGUGUUUAUACUUCGAAUCGAGCCGAACUCCAGUAAAAUGAGUUUGCUCGGCACUCGUCAAUUGGAUCUGGAGGAAGAAGGAUAUGUCGUCGAUCUCCAUUAUUUAGAUUCCGGUUCGCAGUCGGUUCUCGUAUACGCCUCCUUGUACGGAUACUUGGUAGGUUGGGACUUGCGUUGUCCUGGGAUAACAUGGCGUUUGGAAAAUGACGUGAAACACGGAGUUAUCACAUCGUUCUGUGUAAACAGUCAACAACAGUGGUUGACUCUUGGCACGAGCUCGGGUAUUCACACAUGUUGGGAUUUGAGAUUUCAAUUGCCAAUAACAAAUAUCAAGCAUCCAGCAGGUGCCAGAGUGCGAAAAGUGAUCGCUCAUCCGAUAGAAAAUUCCUGGAUAAUCUCGUCAGUUCAGGGUAACAACGAAAUUUCUAUGUGGAAUCUGGAGACGGACCAUCGGCAAUUGGUGCUGUGGGCGUCAAAUGCUCCGCCGUUAAGCCGUACUCAGGGUGGUCACAGCGUAUGCGCAAUGUAUGCCGGAUGUGUCGAUUGUUCGGGCUUUCUUCUGGCCGGCGGGACCGAUAUGAGAUUACGGUUCUGGGAUUUAAGCGGGCCUACCGCGUCUUAUGUCGCUCUUCCCGCCGCUAACGAUAUCCUCACGCCGAAUUCGUUAGCAUACGAUUUACGUUUGAUAGAUGGCACAAACGUUGUGCAGGAAAUGUCGGUGGACGACGGUUCUAAUCCGUCCGGAAGUGACGUGAGAGGAAGAAAUUUGGAAGAAAGCGGACCCGAAACUCCGCCUUCCGGCCAACAUGACACAAUCUCCGCCGUGGCCAUGUCGAACAUGUGUAUUCUUACCGGCAGUACGGACGGUCUCAUACAAGUUUGGAAAUGAUUGUUUUUCUCUCUUUCAAACAUUUUAUUUCUAAGUUUCUCGCUGCGAGAGAUUUUGGUAGUUCAGUAUCAAAUUUUGUUCUCCGUAAAAAUCCAAUUUUUAGAAAGAUUGUUGUGAAAAAUAUCUCCUCGAUCACAAGUGUUUGCAUCCGGAUCAUCCGGAUCUCUUUUAUAAGCGAAGGUUCUUUAUCGAUUCGACUACCGAAAACCACAUUUGGAAAUAUAUUUGUCGCAACAAUCUAUUUGAAAUCAACAACUCAAAGACUGUCGAUUCGCCAACAGAUCCAUACGUAGGCAAGAAUCCAAUAUAUAUAAUCCGGUUGAAUUAAAAAUUUGCUCUGGUAGCUGUGUUGGUUUUCUCCGUUUCAUCCGCUUUAUGAAACUCGUGAGAUCUAAGUGAGAAAUAUGUAUUUUAGAAUUGGUCCAUGCAAUAUACAAAUUGUCUCGACAACAAUUGUACGUUGUCACGGACACAAGUUUAGAAUAGUUUAUUUAGAAAUAGAUAAGACAAUUGUGAUAGCGGCGUAAAUAGCCGCGAAAUUUUGUUCUAUAGUAAGAUUAUUUAAAAAUUAUUCUUAUUUCGUUAACAACUCCGUGAUUAUCGGAAUUAAUAUCGAGAUUCAUGAAAAGUUUACGCGUUAUAUAAUAUCAAAAAAUUCAUUCCACUAUUUAGUUUAACUCCGCAAAUCAAAAAAAUUGAUCUAUUCAAAGAUUUUUAUAACAUAUUAUCUCGGAAUUUCAACUUGUAAUGUAGAUACAUUUAUUAUAUAUAGAUAAAAGAAAGAGGGAGGCAUAUAAUUUAAAAAUAUAAAAAGUCUUAGAAAAUUCAGGUAUAUUUGUAUUUCUACGUACAUUUGUAUUGUUUCAAUUUACUUGUGGGUAAUGUUAGGGAUUGCUCUUAUACUAAUUUCUCAAAUCAUUAACAUCGACGAUAUGCGCAACAUCGCUGUGCUAUACUAACUCUGUGAUUUUGGAUUGUAUAUACAUAUGUGUGCGUAUGCAUGUAUAUAUAGACGUGCGUGUGUGUAUAUAAACCGUGUAACAUAUAUAUAUGAUAUUUAAAGACUACCGGUAAUUUUACGGAUUUUGCUGUAGAGAUGCGCGCAUUUCUUAAAAAAAAAAAAAAAAAAAAAA